GCGAUCCCCAGCGACGGCGUGCGAGGCUGCGCACGAGGCGAGGGAGAAGGAAGAAAAAGUAGAUAGGAGGCCAGAGACGUUUGAGCUGCGCUUGGAUUGAGAAAACAAUGGGAGACCGGCCCUCGUCAAAGGCGGGGUCGGCCUACUCCGCAGUCUCCGCAAGCACGGCCACAGGCCGGACGGAUGCCAUCUCCACCUCGAAGACGGCGAAAAGAAGGGGCUUCGGUAGCGGCCCCGUGGGCAUCGCGGUGGCCACCCUGGCGUGGUACGGGCUUACCGUGGUCCACAGCGUGUACAACACGGCGGUCUUGCAGGUGUUCCCGUUCCCGCUGACGGUGCUCACGGCGGAGCUCGGAGCCGGGGUACUGCUGAUACUGCCGGCGUGGACGCUUGGCGUCAUCCGCACUCCCAACCUCCGGAUGUCUCAGAUGCCCAUCUUGUUCUACGUGUCGCUCUGGCAUAGCGUCUCCAAUGUUGCCACCGGGUGGGCGUUGCAGUCCUCUUCUCUGGCCAUGGUCACCGCUAUUCAGGCAUUGGAGCCGCUAGCCUCGGCUCUGGUAGACCUAUUCGUGGCCGGAAAACGGUCCCACCCCAUCGGCAACGCGGCAAUGGUCCCCAUCAUCACAGGCGUCGCUCUGGUGUCGAGAGACGCGUCCAUUACCCGUGGUGGCUUGUUUUUCGCUGUGGCGUCCAGCGUGAGCGUGGGCGUGCGGGACUUUUACUCCAAACGCGCCAGCAGACAGAGGGAGUUCCACAAGAGGCCACUGUCUGCCGCCAACACGUACGCGGUAGUGACGGUGAUGUCCUUUGCGACGUUGGUGCCCUACGCCUUGAUCGUCGACGGCCCCCACGCUCUGCGAUGGUGGUCGACGGCGGGAGGCGGUGUCGCGGGAGGGGCACGGGCUGUAGCUUCGGCGGUGAGGGAGGGAGUAGGAGCAGCAGACGUGGGAAGGGAUGAUGACGACAUGGCCGCGAGCUUGGGGUGGCUCGCCCUUUACCUGGGCUUCAGCGGGGUUCUGCUCUUUCUACACAGUGCGGCGGCGUUCAAAGUGCUCGAAAAGAUGGGCUCGGUCACGACGUUUUCCGUGGCGAACUCGGUGAAGCGGGGGAUGGUUAUUUUCUUCGGCGCGGUGGCGAUGGGUACCCCCAUUGGCUUCGUCUCCGGCUUUGGGGCAGCCGUGGCCGUGUUGGGGAAUGCCGCGUAUUGGGUGGCUCGACUGUACUUCCCGCCGAGACGCAGGGUUACGGGCGUGUCUGCGGAAAAGCAAGACUAAGCGUCCAUGGCUGCACUGAACAAGAGCCUGUUUGUUUGUUUUUGUUGCUGUGUGUGGGGCGUUUAGCAAGCAGCACGCAAGCAAGGUGGCGUCUAUUAGGGGAUUAACAGGGGAGGUUCGCGAAGCAUUUUUCAUAGUUUUUUACUGUUGGAAGGAAGCAGGCGUGCAGAGAGGCUGGUAGGCAGGGGCGUCAUUGUGGCAUGAUUCACGGAUAUAGACUACACGGGCUUGGUUCAAUUCGAUUCUAAAAAGAGUAUGUUAUCACCGGGUUUGUUGUUUGGGAUGGGCGUCGUAUCUAAUUUCACCCAUUACUUGGUCUGGGAGUGUUUCACGGUUUGGGCUCAUGUUGAAAACCGUUUACCACCGGAAGUAGGAUACUUGUAGGUGUGCGGAGGUGUUGGCCAUGUCGAUGUGCUAUGUCGUGUCGUGCUUGAUACCGGUACUGUAGCCUCCUAGGAGUCAGGUGGCAUGCGCGUGCACACCGGCAGGAACAGAGGUACACCAAGUCGCUCUUGAGACGCAUCUCUGUUGCUCGUCGCUGGUACUCCAUGUGGCGUCCCGUCAAGCUGCAGUGUUCUUGCAGUUUACGACCAAGUUUGCCACCAACCGAAGCCGUGAACGGUGGCCCCAACCCCUCGCUGUCGGCGCCAGGGUCGAGAAGGCACCUUUAUUUAGACGUCCUAUUGUUCCGCUGUUUCAGCUUCGCGCGGUGUUUUUGUGGGCGAGUCGCGGCGUUGCCGUUGAUGUACAAUGUGUUUGUUUUUAAGGCAUAGUAUAGGUCGUUAUUUGUUGUGUUUAGGAUGAUCUUUGUAGGGGUGCGUUGCCUUGUUGAGCGAAAGGUGGGUUCCUCUGUAUUAUGUAUGCAUUGGCGUUGUCGUUUCUUGGAAGCAGCGACCUAAGCCAGGGAUGUGUGGUUCUUUGUAUUAUUAACUCUACCAUUCGCUCACCUUGCCAAGACUAAACGACAUGUACCGCUGCUGUAGUUAAUAUAUCAUCUGUUGUGCGCACUUGGAGCUUAGAGCCUCGUGACGAACUGCUGCAGCUGGCUUUGCUCGUAGAUAGCCACGCGUACGUAGCGGCGUCGACACGGAUAGAUGGUUCGCACAAGCAUGGUGCCGCCUCGAACCGUGUCCAAAAAAUUAGUGCCGAUGAAUCUGUUGUGGAGAUGGUCGCGGGGUGCUCAUCGAAGUGGGCCGUCCCCCCUGGUUUCGAGAUCGGGUUGUGCUUGUCGCGCUGUUCUGGUGUGUGUCGGCGACUUGUAGUGUUCGCUCGCUGCUGGCCUAUUUGAUCCUCUGUGGCCGGCCAGGUGAUGUGAGGAGCAACAACUGAGGUGCACGGCUUGUACUUCUAACGGGGGCUGGGGCUUUUAGGCUUUUACAUUGGAAUUCGGAGUCAUGCCCCGUUGGGCUGCGAAGCCUCCUUUAGAAGUCGGUCCGCUUUGUGCAUGCACGGGCAGGAUGAUGAACCGGAAACGCACACGAUCGAAUUUGAUGUGCCUCACGAGAGCUCUGACAACUGAUUGAUGCGGGUACCGUCUAUGAAUUGGCACGUCACAUCACAUCAUGUGCGUGGACCUUAGCCGAGUCGCGCAUUCCUUGUCGGGGGAGAACCCCAACUUCGACCAGAGUGCGGGGAAGGAUAUCAAACGGCGGGAGAUAUACUGUACGUUGGCAGC